AUGGCUCCCUCGAAUUUGUCGCAUCGACAAACCCAUAAUUUACUCCUGAUCUCGAAGCUCCUCAGUCUGAGAGACACCGCGUCGCCGCUGACGUUACUCUUGGAUAGCUUGGAGCAACCGGCUACACCGCUGAUUAAGGAAUACAUUAGGCGUGCACGGCUUUCCAAAGUUCAUGUUACCCUUAUUGCUUUUGAAACUCUGAAGCCCCUAGAUGGCGUGGAUGCGUUUGUCUCAGCCCGCAGGAAGACUCCGGUUGAGGUUGUCAGAGAGGUUGCGGCCGUUUAUCAAAGGGAGUCGUCCACCGGUACCUCUGCACGCAGGAGGCUUGUUUUGAUUGACUCAAUCAACCCACUACUACUACAUUCCACAAGAGCCGACAAGAACUUCCACCUAUCUACCUUCCUAAGCUCAUUUAUACUACCCGCUGCCCCCUCCAUAGCCUCGGCCUCCAAAGGUGAAACUUCGCUCGUCGUCACAUUCCAUCAAGAUGUCCCCGGUCGCCCUGCUCAGUCGCCUUAUUCUCCCUCCCCUCUCACGUUACUGAGCUAUCUCGCCACCACCGUUAUAAGGCUGCAUUCCUUCUCUCACAUUCUCGCCCAGAAAGCCGCGAGAGACCGCAGCUUAGUUGCGCCUGUCUUUGGUCUCGAAGAAGAGCAAGAUGGAAUCCUGCUUGGGAGGCUAGACAAACCAGCUGGCAAAGAGUCCGGGGAGGGCGUCGUUCUGGAAAUGGAGCAUCGUCGCAAGAGUGGACGUGGCGUGUUGGAAUGGUACAUCUUGCCCCCGGCCUCCAGGUAUCCAUCUACGCAGGUCAAAGAAAUCGUGACCUUGCUGGAUGAUCAUCCGCUUUAUCGCCCGGCAGAGGAAUCCGAUGCCGGGGCCGGGGACGAGGAGCCUGAGUCUACUUUUGAAUUACGCCUCACUGAGAGACAAAGAAGAGAAAGAGAGGGCGUGGUGCUGCCGUACUUUGAUGCGCAGCAUGGUGAUGGCCCUGGAGAAGGGGGUCGUAUUCUUUAUGAUAUGGGAGAGGAAGAUGACUUUGACGAGGAAGAGGACGAGAUUUGA